GGUGUGGAUUAUCGACAAUUUGGAAGUGCCGGAAUGGAACAAUUCCGGCAUAUUGGUGAGGUUCUUGGAAGCCUAAAAGCGCUUAUGGUUUUGCGCGAUGAAAUUCAAAUCAACCAACGACAAUGUUGUUUGAUCCACGACAUAUUCAGUCUAGCAUUCGACACAAUCUCAGACGAGAUAAGGCAGAAUCUAAAGCUUGAUGAAAGAGCUACCAAAUGGAAACCUCUUGAAUUUCCUCUCAGAGAGCUUUGCAGGGUUUUCAAAGAAGGUGAACUAUACAUCAAGCAUUGUUUGGAUUCAAAAGAUUGGUGGGGAAAAUCAUUGACACUUUCUCAGAACCGAGAUUGCGUUGAGUUUCACAUUCAUAACUUGCUUUGUUAUUUCCCUGCGGUUAUUGAAGCGAUCGAGAGUGCUGGUGAGAUGUCGGGUUUGGAUCAAGAUGAGAAUUCAAAGAAGAAAGUUAUGCUUGCAAGAAAAUAUGAUGUGGAAUGGAAUGAUCCAAAACUUUUUCAAUGGAGAUUUGGGAAACAGUAUUUGGUUCCAAAAGAGAUUUGCAACCAAAUGGAGAAUGCUUGGAGAGAAGAUAGAUGGAGGCUCAUAGAAUCACUCAAAGAGAAAAAAGGUUCUCCCAAACUCACUUGUUCAAAGAAUGAGCAACAAUUUGCUGAUAUGUUGUUGAAGAAACUAUUGAAUGGUUCAGAAAAAACCAAUAAUAGUAAUAACAAUAAGAUUCUGUGGCCGAUUUCGAUUUUGUUAGGAUCCAAAGAUUACCAAGUGAGGAGAAGAUUGGGAAGGGGAAAGGAAUAUAAGGAAAUUCAAUGGUUAGGACAAAGUUUUGCUUUGAGGAAUUUUGUUGGGGAGAGAGAAGCUUAUGAAAAUGAGAUUUUCAAUUUGUUAUCACUUUCUCACCCUAACAUAUUGCAAUGUCUAUGUGGUUUUUAUGAUGAAGGUAAGAAAGAGUUUUCACUUGUGAUGGAGUUAAUGAACAAAGAUUUAUGGACAUACAUGAAAGAAAAUUGUGGUCCAAGGAGACAGAUUUUGUUCUCUAUACCUGUUGUGGUUGAUCUCAUGCUUCAAAUGGCUAGAGGCAUUGAAUAUCUUCACACCAAAAAAAUUUACCAUGGAAACCUUAAUCCUUGUAAUAUCCUACUAAGAGCAAGAAACUCACAAGAAGGUUAUUUUCAAGCAAAAGUUGUAGGAUUUGGUUUGUCAUCUGUGACGAAUGGUGACAAUAGAACCUCACCAACAAAUAACCCUAUUCUUGAAGAGAUUGACCCUUCAGUUUGGUAUGCACCUGAGGUUUUAACUGAGCUAGAACAAACGAAAAAUGCUUCAACUUAUUGUAAGUACUCAGAGAAAGCCGAUGCAUAUAGUUUCGGUAUGAUAUGUUUUGAGUUGUUGACAGGGAAAGUUCCUUUUGAGGAUAACCAUCUUCAAGGGGAUAGGACUAGCCAAAAUAUCAUAGCAGGCGAAAGACCUUUGUUUCCAUAUCAUUCGCCGAAAUAUCUUGUGAGUUUGAUAAAAAAAUGUUGGCAAACUGAUCCGUCUCAGCGUCCUACUUUCUCGUCUAUUUGUAGGAUUUUGCGCUACACCAAAAAGUUUCUUUCAAUGAACAGUGAGUAUGUUAUGAUCAAUCCUGAAUUCAAUCAGCUUGAACUUCAGAACCCACCUGUAGAUUGUUGUGACCUAGAAGGAAUGUUCUUUAAAAGUUUUCUAAUGGAAAAGACAAGUAACACUGUUUCACAAAUACCUUAUGAAAUGUUUGCUUACAAAGUUGUUGAGAAAGGGAAGAUCAAUAAUCAGAAUCAGAGUAAUACUCCUACUAAAGAUAAGUGCUGUGAGUGUGAGCCAACAAAGGAUGAGGCUAUUGUAUUUGGGGAAGGAAAUGAACAUAGCACAGUUUGUACAGAUGCUAAUGCAUCCAUAAUGGAAGAUCUAACAGCUUAUCCCAAAUCAAUUUUUGUCGACACACAGUCUAGUUCUUCUGAUUCCCCACCAAGGAAGAGUGUUACAAUAAAGACACCAUUAGAAAUGAAGGCAAAGAAAGACCAAGGAACUCGAAAAUUGAAAGCAACAAGAUCAUUACCAUCAUUAUCGGGUCGCAUUUCAAGGACAAAUAAGGUAAAUCUGUCAUCAAUGGCAUCUAGCCCUCUAAGUCCAGGUAAAAGAAGACCUACCAAAUCCUCAUCAGAAUCGGAGCGCAAAGGGAAUCAAUCACCAUUAGUGACAACUUCAAGCACAGUUAGAAGAAAAAUAUAUGAAGGAGGCAAUGUAUCAGAUUCCAAGCCUAGUUUAAAGCUGAAAACAAGAGAUCAAUCACCAUUUAACAGUUUAAAGACAAAAAAAGCACAACUUCCUUUGAAUCCUUCUUCGAGUCCGAUAAGCAUGAGACGCGUCCAAAGUGCUAAUAAUGCCGCUAGUGUGAGGAUGCAAAAAGGGUUCAUUUCAACACCUCCAAUGAGUCCUUCAAGGACAUUCAUAAGCAAAAAAAGUGGUCAUGUUUCAGAUAUGGAUUCUGCGAAGAUACGAGGUAGAUUGUCAGCAUAUGGAUUGAGUCCCUUGAGUCCAUAUGUGAGGAAUAAUAAGACUAAAAGAGAAAGCAUGUCACCAUUUACAAUGUCCCCUUUGAGUCCGUAUGUAAGAGAAACAUGUGGUCAUGUCUCAGAUUAAGGCCUUUUAGCACUGGUGUAAAGAUUCUUUAUAUUCUUUAGCAGUUAUUAGUCCUUAAUUAGAGACUUCAACCAUUUUAAAUCAAACAGAUUUUCUCAGGAUUUUAAAUUAUAUGGGGCAUAUAUUUUUUUAAUGUAAAUUGG